AUGUCCGCCGCCCCCGCCGCAGAGACGGUAAACGGGUACGUGAACCCCACCAGCGACGCGGAAACGCUGCGCCUCUACCACCCCGCCACGCCCGCCGAGGAGCAAAUCAACGACUACAUCGUCAACCACCCGUUGGCCGUGAAGCUGCGCGCGCAACCCGACAUGCACGAGAGCCGGCCGCACAUGCGCAUCCCGCCUGCGAUGCGCGCGCACAGCCUCACGGCCGGGACGUUGCUCGGCGAAGGCAAGCUGGAAGUCCCGCCGCUGAAUUUCAACGACAAGCACGCUGCGCUACCCACGUUGACGCAGAUUAUGUACUUCGGUCCGGACCUGUGCGGGCACGAGGGGAUUAUCCAUGGCGGGUUGCUGGCGACGAUGUUGGACGAGGGACUGGCGCGCGCGUGCUUUCCCGCUCUGCCGAAUAAGGUGGCUGUCACGGCGAGUUUGAAGAUUGAUUACCGGAGUCCGUGUCCUGCGGGGCGGUUUGUGGUUCUCAAGGCGCAGACGACGAAGGUGGAGGGGCGGAAGGCGUGGAGUAAGGGGUGGAUUGAGCUGUUGGGCGAGGACGGGGAGGGCGAUGGGACGAAGGUUGUCGAGGCGGAGGCGUUGUUCAUUGAGCCGCGGAAUGCGAAGAAUAUGGUGAAGAAUGUGGUGAGUGCUGAUUGA